AUGUAUACCCCGUGUGUGUCCUCCACCCCCUCGUCCCUGAGGGCCACACCCUCAUUUCCUACUUCAUUGUUCAUCACUGCACUCAUCACCUUCCGUAGAAACUUUGUUAUUUUUCUCUUUCAGGGCACCAAUGCCUCUGCUCUGGAAAAAGACAUUGGUCCAGAGCAGUUUCCAAUCAAUGAACACUACUUUGGAUUGGUCAACUUCGGAAACACGUGCUACUGUAACUCCGUGCUCCAGGCAUUAUACUUCUGCCGGCCGUUCCGGGAGAAUGUGUUGGCAUACAAGGCCCAGCAAAAAAAGAAGGAAAACUUAUUGACGUGCCUGGCAGACCUUUUCCACAGCAUCGCCACGCAGAAGAAGAAGGUCGGUGUGAUCCCACCAAAGAAGUUCAUUUCGAGGCUGAGAAAAGAGAAUGAUCUCUUUGAUAACUACAUGCAGCAGGAUGCUCACGAAUUUUUAAAUUAUUUGCUAAACACUAUUGCGGACAUCCUGCAGGAAGAGAAGAAACAGGAAAAACAAAACGGAAAAUUAAAAAAUGGCAACAUGAACGAACCUGCAGAGAAUAAUAAACCGGAACUCACCUGGGUCCAUGAGAUUUUUCAGGGAACGCUCACCAAUGAAACUCGAUGCUUAAACUGUGAAACUGUUAGUAGCAAAGAUGAAGAUUUUCUUGACCUCUCUGUCGAUGUGGAGCAGAAUACAUCUAUUACCCACUGUCUGAGAGACUUCAGCAACACGGAAACCCUGUGUAGCGAGCAGAAAUAUUAUUGUGAAACGUGCUGCAGCAAACAGGAGGCCCAGAAAAGGAUGAGAGUAAAAAAGCUGCCCAUGAUUCUGGCCCUGCACCUGAAGCGGUUCAAGUACAUGGAGCAGCUGCACAGGUACACCAAGCUGUCUUACCGGGUGGUCUUCCCGCUCGAGCUCCGGCUCUUCAACACCUCCAGCGACGCUGUGAACCUGGACCGCAUGUACGACCUGGUCGCUGUGGUGGUUCACUGUGGCAGCGGUCCUAAUCGUGGGCAUUAUAUCACCAUUGUGAAGAGUCACGGCUUCUGGCUCUUGUUCGAUGAUGACAUUGUGGAGAAAAUAGAUGCCCAAGCUAUUGAAGAAUUCUAUGGCCUGACAUCAGAUAUAUCAAAAAAUUCAGAAUCUGGAUAUAUUUUAUUCUAUCAGUCAAGAGAAUAACUUGAAGAACUGUGGGACUAAGUCAUGCGGGGGGAAUGCUCCCAGCACUACCCUUGGUCUCUCUGCGGACUGUCCUCCCCCAUGGCCCACCAGUGGUACUACGCCAAGUCUAACGGUCUGGCUGUGUUGGACUUCCUCUCCCUUUGGUUUUUUACAUGCAGCACUACUUGUGGUUUUAUUUUAGUCUGAGGUAGAGUUAACUGCAAUCAGAUUGUAUGUAGUAAGAUUUAUAUGAGUAACAGUUGCUAAUGUUAGGAUUGGGUAAAGGCUACGCCACCGGCUGUGUCUGGCUGGAUUAGAGUGACAUUUCCUACGAGAAUGUCUACAGUCUGUUUUGGGUCUCUGCUAAACGUCCUACGUGGCUUCCGGGAUCUCCUGUCAAAGCAUUCCUUUAACUUGUCCCUGGAAGCACAGCUACCCAUUUGUAGCUUCUCUGCCUCUUUUCUGACCCAAGGACAGAAUUGGGGCAGAAGUUCACCUGUUAGGGCUGCAGCUAUAGCUUUAAGUUUGUGCAAGUGAAAACGUUUAAAAGUGAGUAACCUCAAUACUAAGAUCAUCUUCCUGGUGGAACAGGGUGGCGAGAAGCUGUUCACGGUGGCCAGCGCCUGCCUGGGGCUGUGCUCACCUAGCCAGUAGGAUCCCAGGGGCUAAGAAGACUCUGAGCUCAGGGCUGGCAGAACCCAGAGGGAGAAGCUUUUGUGGACAGUGAGAAGUUACUUUUCUUCUCUUUCUACCAAAACCAAGUUUCAGGAAAAUAACCCUACGCCGUGUGUUUUUAGUGAUGCUCUACUUCCGUAAGGUCCUGUGAGUUGUAGCUGUUGUUUAUCUGGCGCUGCUAAGCUUUCCAAGGUAUCUUUCCGGUCCUGCUGGUGCUUUGCAGUCUGUGGCCGCAGGGCUGGGGUGCCCAGGUGACCGCUCGGGCACAGCUCUCCCAGCCAGUCUGUACCCACAUCCUCCUCUAUAAGGAAGGACCCAGACACUCCACCUUCACCACCAUUGCCGCAUUGUACAGCCUUUUAACAUUUCAGUCUACGGAGGCGCUGGUGAGUCGCAGGACUAAUAUGGAACUUUCCCUAGAGGAAUUACUGGAGUCAGCUGGGUGUGAAGGUGGCUCAAAGGAAGUGGUAGUGGGUGGGUGGAGGAAUGAACUAAUGGCAACAUUUCUUUGGCUCAGACUCCUAGAAUGCUUGACAAGACAGUUUUUUGGAAGAACCUCAUAUCACUAUAGUUACUUUUAAUUUUUUCACUUUUGUUAUGUAUGUAUUUAUUAGAUCACUUGAGUCUUGGUACCUUUUAUUAAAAGGGUCAAUUUGGUGUUUUGCUGUUGAACUGGUUUUUGGAUUCUUACAAAUACUAUAUGAGUCCUAGAUCUUGGCUUCCUUUGGGAGGUCAGUUGACUUCCAUACACUAUAAGAUACUGUGAACAUAUUAUUUUGUUACCUAAUAAAUCAGCAUCUGAACAUGCAAUGUUUGGCAUAAUGUGAACUAAAAUUGAAAUCGGACAUGUUAGCUGCCAUUUUGUAACAAUUAAGAGCAUAGCACUUUAUCUAGAUGAAAACUGGAUUUCUUGUCUUUAAGAUAUCUUGAACUGUUUAUUGCUGAGAAUUUAAAUAAGCAUGCCAACACUUCAUUAGUUCAUGCUUGAAGUGAAAUGUUUUACUUUUCACUGGAGAAGACAAGAACAGGGUGAUCUUCACGUUAUUUUAUGAAAGUGACGAAAAUACACCUUGCCUUGUUUAGAGGCAGAUUCAUAUUUAUAAAUAAUUUGUCUUUUUUUCCUACAUGAAACAUAUACAGUAAUCACCUACCUGGAAGAUGAGUAUUUAUUCCAUUUUUAAGGAGCGACACUUUGCAGUUGAAGGCGACUAACUGAUCCAAGGAACUGUUUACAAUAUAUCACCCAUAUAUUUGACUGCAGGUUGCAAAGUUUAAAAAAAAAAUGAUGGUUCAUAUCUAAUAUAUUUGGAACUGAUUCAUAAGAAAAACUAUUAAAAUUAUCUUUGGAGUGAUUCUUGAAGCUAGUUUAUUAGGAAAAAAAAUUUCAAUUGGAAGCUUAUGGAGGUAGUAUCUAAUUGCUGUCAUAGAUUCAGUAUUGGUUUUAUUGCUUUUGGGUUUUUUUUUGUCUGUAUAUGUAAAGAGUUUUUCCCAGUGACUUAACAGAAAUAAUUGAAAGGGUCAGUGAAAAUUCCGAAUUCAUGGAUAGAGUUUAGGAAUAUGAAAACAAGUAUGGAAGAUAAAACGCAAAGGCAUUAAAAUGAUUGUGUGAUGCAGGCAAAGAAGCUUGGAGAAAGACCAAAACACACUUACCCACUGACACUCCAUCAGCUUUUUAAACUUAGAGCUAUCUGGUAGUUUCUUUCCUCUUCGGUAAAUGAAACCAACACUAGGCAGCUACCUUGCCCUGGAAUCUUUCACUUUAUGUAAAGUCAGAAGCAUGCAAACACUUUAUCUUUCACCCCUUGUUCAUGGUGCAAAGCAGGGGACGGUGUGAGGUAUGUGAGACCAUUCUGAGGUCAACAAUAGCACAAAGGCUCAGCGAUAUUCCCUCAAAUGGCAGGGUUUUGAUGGGUCCUUUUCUGGCAGGAGUGAUAGGCCUGCUGUAUUUCUUUUAACUGCUACGGGGUUUUUAAAAUAAGUUACACUGUUUCAGACCUAGAGAAGAGAAGACAUACUUGCUCUAUUGGUUACUUACUGGCUGAGCAUCUAGAUUAUCGUACAGUUUGCUAAAAAGGCAUUUGUUUAAAAGUCACCUUUUGGCAGAAUGCUGACAUCCAGCCCUGUUUACCUGGAUGCAUUUUUCCUUCCAAGGCAGCACGAAGUGGACUGGUGGUCCGAGAGCCAAGGAACAAUGCAAGAGGGUGUAGGUUUGACUCGGAAGCCAGUCCUAUUUGGGUUUACAGAUUUCAGAUGAAAUGGGGUGGGGGUGGAAUUACAGGAGUGGUCCCUAUGCAUUUAUUUUCAUGGAUAUGCUUCAAUUCAUGGGCAUGCCUAACAAUGAACUAUGUUCUAACUGGAGCUUAGGGCUUAUUUUAGAUAUUGGAGUGUAGCUUUAUUACAGAUGGAUUUUAUCUUUAAACAUUGCAUUUUGAUCAACUUUGUAUAUUCACGUGUAUUAAAAUAUUGUGCACUAAAUGUUUUGCCCUCAUUUGCUAUUAUAUGGUCAAGGCAUUUACCGGCACUAUUGUGAUUAACUCAUGUAAAUGGCAUGGGUCAGGGAAAAUUAUUUCCUACUUUUCUGCCUAAUUAAAUUUCUGUUUUCCAGUAUUAAAUUUAUUUAUUUUUGGUUUCCAUUUCUUUGUAACCAAAAUAGUUACUGUAUUUGUGUGGCAUUCAUUUCAUUUUGUUGCUAAUGAAACAAGUUUAGUUUUUAUUUAAAAUGAUCUGUACCUUAAUUUUUUUUUUUUUGUAAAACCAAGUCAAGCACUUUAAGCAAUAAUGUCAAUCUUGUGAAAUUUCAAUCAGUUUAACACCCUGCCUCUAAAAUUGUUUGCAAAAAAAUAAAUAAAUAAAAUAGGAACUCC